AUGGAGGGAGUCGGCGCUGUCGCAAACGUCGUCGUCAACCUUUCUGUAAAAGUCGCCACGCUCUGCUCCCAGUAUGCCGAAGACGCCAGGAGCGCCAGGAGCGACAUCGAGGAGCUACGCGACGAGGUGACGACGCUAAGAAGAGCCGCCAAAUCAGCACGGCGGCUGAUCAGAGAUCAACAUGGCGCCAGCUUGGAGGCCUCGCGGGACAUGGAGGACGCCCUCCGGGAAAGCCUCAAUGUCCUCCGAAAGCUGGUGGAGAGCCUCCAGUAUAGCACUGGACGCAGGUUUAUGAGGCUGUUUCGCAUCAGGGUGUUGAGGUGGCCAUUGAAGAGGAGGGAGGUGAAUCAGAAGAUUAAACGGAUUAGGAGAUGUACGAAACGGAUCAAUUUGGCUCUUCAGGUGUAUCAAACGGCCAUAAUUGGCGUCGACGCCAAAGUUGUCAGAGUUGACGAGACCAUGGUCUCUAUGGAGCAGCGCAUGCUCAUGCACAUGUUGCCCACCGCGCUAGGGGCAUUAUACGACUCCCGCGAAGAAGAAGACGGCGCUACUUGUCUGACGGGUACCCGGGUUGAGUUACUUCGAGACAUAGAUGAUUGGGUCAACAGUCGGAAAGCUCCCAUUGUCUUUUGGCUCAACGGAAUGGCUGGUACUGGAAAGUCGACAAUAUCUCGAACUUUUGCGGCAACAGCGGCUAUGCAUCGAUAUCUAGGUGCUACCUUCUUCUUCAAGAGGGGCGAGAUCGACCGAGGGAACAUGUCCAGGUUCUACACAACGAUCGCCUAUCAACUCGUUCGCUCCAUGCCUGACCUUGUCCCUCACAUCAGAGCAGCUGUUGAUGGAACAGCCUCCAUCAUAGAAAUGUCCGCCGAUAAGCAGUUCGAAAAACUCAUCUUGCAGCCUUUGAUGCGUGUCCGGAACAGAAAUAGGACUACUCUUGCGAUCGUUGUGGACGGCCUGGAUGAGUGUGAUGGAGGAGACGACGUCCGGCGCCUAAUCACCCUUUUAUCUGACUUUAAAGAUGUCAAAAACUUUCGCAUCAGAGUUCUCAUUACGAGCCGAAUAGAACUACCGAUUCGACUGGGUUUUCACGACAAUAGGGACCACCACAGGAAUUUCGUGCUUCAUGAGAUAUCAGAGACUAUUGUCGAGCACGACGUUGAAAUUUUCUUGAAAUUCAGACUCGACCAGAUCAGGAGGAACUACAACCGCUCAGUCUCAAGGGACAGACACUUACCAAAGGACUGGCCUGGACCAAGAGACACGGCAACGCUCGUCCGGAUGGCUGGCCCGCUCUUCAUCUUUGCCACCACAGUCUGUCGAUUCCUCUCGGACAGGAGAUGCGGCAACCCCAGAGAGCAGUUACGAAAAGUAUUGAAGUACAGGACGAGGAGUCAAGAUGCCAAAUUGGAGGCAACUUAUCUUCCACCUUUGGAGCAACAGUUGGCGGGACUCUCCAACAGUGGGAAGGGUCAAGUCCUGGACGAUUUCCGAACCGUUGUUGGGACCAUUGUGCUUCUCGAAACGCCGCUCUCAGCACCAGCUUUGGCUCACCUCCUCGAUGUCCGAGAAGACACGGUUCAUGCGAGAUUGGACGUGCUCCAUUCAGUGCUGAAUGUACCACAGUCUGCAGACUCCCCCAUCCGGUUACUCCACCUAUCCUUUCGGGAUUUCCUAACCGACCCGGAGAGGAAAGGAACUGAUGAGUUCUGGGUGGAUGAAAAGUACUGGAACGGCCAUAUUACCUCAUGUUGCCUUCGCAUCAUGAACGAUGCCUUGGAAGAGGACAUUUGCGGCCAGGUUCACCCAGGGGCUGAUCGCUCAAGCUUACGACGGGGGCAAGUGGAUUCGUCAAUUCCCCCAGAACUGAAAUAUGCCUGUCGUUUCUGGGCCCAUCAUAUGCAGAAUGCGGAGAGGAGCUUUUAUCGCGACCAGGAGAUCUACAAUUUCCUGUCCAGCCAUUUUCUACAUUGGAUAGAGGUUCUUAGCCUCAUUGAAAGGCCUACUGAGAGCUAUCACAUUUCGAAAAGCCUUCAGGUAUUUCUGCAUAAUACACCCUGUUCCGAGCUUGGCCAGCUCUUGAAAGAAGCCCCCAGCUUUAUCCAGAGGAACUUGACCAUCAUCGAAUCACACCCCCUUCAGCUGUACUCUUCCCUUCUCAGCAUCACCCCGGAAAAUAGCAUGAUGCGGAGACUCUUCUGGGGCGAAGGCCCUUCAUGGGUAUCCCUUGUUCCAGCCCCCGACUCUCAUUGGGGCCAAGUCCAAUACACCUUGGAGGGCCACAAGGGACCAGUCAACGCCGUUGCUUUCUCCCCGGACUCUUCGCUCCUGGCUUCAACGUCAUCAGAUCACAAUGUUAGGAUCUGGCGUGUGGAAACAGGAGAAUGCAUCCGAGAAUUCCAGAGGCAUAAACGUCCUGUGAGGGACGUCAAGUUCUCACCUGACUCGGCGCUCAUAGCUUCCAAAUGCGACGAGACUAUCCGAAUCUGGAAAAGUGACACGGGUAUACAACUAGAGAAUCUAGCCAUUCAUGGGAAUCACAGAGAAUGCCCCGUUGAGUUUUCACCAGACUCUAAACUUGUGGCGUGGAUUGGUGAACGGGGUGACUUGCGGAUCAUGCAGCUGGAUACCCUCCAGUGCAUAUGGCAGUUUAGACAAGGCGGCUUCACUGACCCUAGGAAACGACUGCAAACCACCCCCUACUCCUUGCGCUUUUCAUCAGACUCGAAAGUUAUCGCGGUAGUGGUGGAGGAAACGGGCUUCUUCUCCUUGUGGAGCGUCGAGAAUGGCUACCGCAUCCGAAAACAUGAACAAACAGGGAAUCUCUCGCUCGAGGUACCUCACAACAGUCCGCGCCGGGACGUGUCGUAUUGCUUUGUUGAGGACACGAGUCAGUCAACCGUCAUGAAUACAGAGUCGACAUUCAUGAUGGCAGCCAACGAGAGCCUCCAUUCCGAGUCCGACGACACCAUCCUUGUUCGCUGGGUGGAGACGGGCGAGGUCGUGCAGAGCAUCACGACCCCUUACAGUGGCAGGAGCCGCGCCACUUUGACACAGUUUUCUCCAGACGGUGCAAUUCUGGGUUCGAUACAUGAAGACAAAACCGUCAAGAUCUGGGAAAUUGCAACGGGAAAUUGUCUACAUAUUCUCAGCGGUUUCGCAAGCGAGGUGAAGGCCAUGUCCUUCUCUCCAGACAUGCGCCUAGUCGCUUCAGGAUCUGCCGACAAGAUGGUACACAUCUGCUCCAUCAGCUCUGGAAGCAACCUCCCUCUAUCAGACGAAAGCCGACACCCCAUUCAAGCCAUGGUGGUAUCUCCAGACGGUUCCGUCGUUGCAUCCUUAUCCGCAAACAAAGAGCUAGCGUUGUGGAGGAUAGAUACCGGCGCGUGCAUGCAUCGUCUCGAAUGCCCUCACAGGAUGGAGCAUUCAGAAGGACCCUCUUCGAAACCUCCAUUCGCCUUUUUGAGUCGUUUAUUGUUUUGCGCGUGGUCGCGAUCGACUCUGUACAUAUAUCGCGUAGACACGGGCCAGCGUGUCUCCGAGAUUGACAAACACCAUGGAUCUGAGGUUGCGUUUUCCCCUGAUGGGAGCCGUAUCGCCUUUAGACCCAGCGAAGACGCCAUUUACAUCAUGAUGCCGAACUCGGGAGAGUACGGUCAUCAACUCACGGGUGGAAGGAGGCUUUCAGAUGCGAGGUUCUCGCCCGACUCGACACGUGUUGCGGCUAUAUCUUAUACCGCCAAGCAUUCUCACGUGUACGUUUGGUCUGUGGAAGACGGCGUUUGUCUUCAUAGGCUUCGCACGCGGCUUCCACCCAACGCUAUCAAGGCGCACAUCAGCGGUAUCUCUCCAGACGGGAGAUGGGUCGCGGUGCAGUGGGCGGUUGAUGAAGAACGGGCUUCACGGGGCGUACGCGCAUAUAAGCGAGUGUAUUCUCUGGAAGUCAUAUCUGUCGUCCUGGGUGAUGCGGCCCUGAAGUUCAACACACCGUCAUCAAGGCCUCCCGUGGAGUGUAGCUUCUCGAGUGGUUCUCAACAUGUGGCGUGGGUUUGCGGUUCCAGCAUGAGGGUCUGGGAUACUACAACUGGAGCACUUAUUAAUCACGUCAACCUCGGAUUCUCUCCGACCCGUAUUGAUUUCGACAUCGGCAGGGACUACCCUUUCACCAACUUUGGUCGAAUCUCUAUCAACACCCCUCAAACAGAAAAUGACAAUGGCACAGCGAUCUCCCCUGGGAGGUUGGGCUACGGAGUCAGUGCUGACAUGUCAUGGCUCAUGUGGAACGACAUGGAAUUCUUCUGGUUGCCACCGAGAUUCCGACCACACGAGGGCUGCGCCAUCGAGAUAUCAGGCUCGACGAUUAUUAUCGGUUCAGAAACAGGAGUGUUACUUUUUUUCAGAUUUACAUUGGAGGAGACGCUUUCCAGGCAUCGCAUAGUUACGAUUGUGGAAUAG